AUAGGUAUGAAUGGCAACAUCGAGGCUCAGCCCAUAUUCAUGGCUUCUUAUGGCUCCCUGGAGCACCAAAUAUGGAGACCAUUAAUUGGACAGAUGAUAAUGAGGUGCAAAUGGCAAAAACUUUCUUCGACCAAUAUGUUUCUGCUUGGAACCCUCGCAUUGCAGCAGACCGCAUGAAUGCAAUGCCCUACACUGCAAUGGAUGACCCUUGCCUAGCUGAUACAAAAAAAAUCUUCACCAUGGAUGCUGCAUUGGAUUAUGAAGCAUUGCUUAAUACUUUACAGAGACACACAAAAUGUACAGAACAAACAUGCCUCAAGAAAAAAGGUCCCACAUUUGAAUGUCGUUACAAAGCUCCAUGGGUUCAACAAGAGAUGUCUACAUUGACAGUUGACAAUGACAACAACCCAUGCUAUAAACCUGCAAGGAAUGAUGAUCGUUUAAAUAUUCAUAAUCCUUGGAUGCUUUCACUAUGGAGAGCUAAUAUCGAUUGUCAACCAGUCACUUCAAAAAAAGCUGUCCUCCAAUACAUUUCAAAGUAUGCUUCAAAAUCAGAAAACAAAUCGCAAUCCUAUAUUGAAAUGCUGAAAACAAUACUAAAUACAAGUAAAUCUGAAGAUAGCAUUUUAUUAACAUAUCAGAAAUUUAUGAUGGGCAUAGUAGUAGACCGUGAUAUCAGUGCACAAGAAACUUGCCAUAUGUUACAGAAAUUGCCUCUUCUAAGUUGUAGCCGACAAUUUGUCUCUCUAAAUGUUGGCAGAAAAAUACUGCACCGUGUCAUAAAAUCAGAUAAUGGAGCUGACCUUUCCACAACUUAUAUCCAUGCUUAUAUGCAGCGCCCUUUUGAAUUAAAUGCAACAAAUUUGCUACAAUCAGCACAAGGGUUUUCCUAUAAUUCUCAACGCAAAAAAACAAAAUGGCACAUCAGGGAUAAAAAAGCAAUUGUGACUGUAUAUCCUCAGUUUACAGAGCCUCCAAAUGAAGAUACCAAUCAGUUUGAGAUUUUUUGUUUGUCUGAAUUGCUGCUAUACAAACCAUUCCGUGACAUCCCAACUGAAAUAGGAGCUUCAAAGGAACAAAUUAUAAAAAAUUGGAAAAACUUUAAAAAGACAAAUUACAACCGUUUGGGAAAUCAACAAAUUAUAGAUGAUUGCACCCUUCCAAACGAAGAUGACAGUGACAAUAAUGGUUCCCAACAUCAAGAUGAUACAAAUCUGUACGAGUGGGAGCAGCUCUCACAAAUGGGAGCUUCAAAUAACUUUGUCCAGAAUGAUCUGCAAAUGCUAGGCCGUCGUGAUUACGAUAUUAGCCACUUUUGGGGAGCAACUGUUGUGGUUGAUCAACUAGACUCCACUGCCCUUCAGUUCAUACCUACAAGCAAGCUAAAAUCCCAACACACUAGCAUGCAAAUCUCCAGCCAAGACACAAAAAAAAACCAGCUAUCGCCUCAGCAAAAAGUUGCGCUCAACAUCAUUCUACAACAUCAUAAUAAUCAAUCUGCAACAACACCUUUACGAAUGAUUGUUCAAGGCACUGCUGGCACUGGUAAAUCAUUUUUAAUAGAUUGUAUUAGAAGAGAAUUAAACAUAUCUCCACCUAUGGCGGAAAACCCAUUACUUGUUUUAGCACCAACAGGAGUUGCUGCAUUUAAUAUACAAGCGACAACAAUCCAUGCAGGGUUGCGCAUACCUAUAAGAGAAAUGCAUCCUUUGACAGGGCAAUCAUUAAUGGCAUUGCAAGAGCAAUUGAAACAUAUCAAAUAUAUUCUGAUAGACGAAAUGAGCUUUUUGGGCCCGAAACUACUACUUAAGAUAGAUAACCGUUUACGCCAAGCAUUCCCUAACAAACAACAUGACAUCUUUGGUGGCAUGUCCAUGAUUCUUGUUGGUGAUCUUGCUCAGCUUCCCCCUGUUAUGGAUAAACCUAUAUAUGCUUCACACUCUACAGCCCUCAGUUUAUGGCAUUCUUUUACUAUUGUCAUAACAUUGGACACUAUUUUCCGCCAGCAAGGUGCAUCUAUAAGACAACAACAAUUCAGAGCACUUCUUCACAACUUAAGAAACGCUCAAGCACUCCAACAUGAUUGGCAGUUUCUAAUGUGCCAGACAAAUGCAACAUUAACUAUUCAACAAAAGAAAGAUUUCAACUCUUCAAUCCACUUGUUUGCAACAAAUGAAUCUGCACGCUUGCAUAACAGGAAAAUGCUCAAAGAAUUAAAUUUGCCUGUCGCUCUAAGUUUAGCUAAAAUUGCUAAGCAAACAAAUACUGAAUAUGACACCAAUGAACAGCUACCAUUGGAAGUAUUACUUUCUAUUGAUCAGCAAGUGAUGUUAAUAGCUAACUUGUGGAUCAAAGUUGGCCUUGUUAAUGGUGCUAUUGGUCUCAUAAAACAAAUUGUAUAUGAAAACAAUACAAAACCACCAGACUUACCAAAAUAUGUGGUUGUCCAAUUCAAUGAUUAUAAUGGUCCUCCAUGGGAUAUAGCACAUCCAAAAGAUAUACCCAUUUUGCCAAUAACGCGAGGUAGGCGUACGCAAGUGCCUUUAACAAUGUCUUGGGCCAUCACUAUUCACAAAUCCCAAGGUCUUACAUUAGAUACAACUACCAUUGACAUAGGUAAUACUGAAAAGCAAGGCCUCACAUUCACAGCUAUUUCCAGAGUCAAGACAAUUGAUGGAAUACGGAUCGAACCACCAUUCUCUUUUGAAAGGUUUUCCAAACUGCAAAAUAAUCCUUAUACAACCAUUAGAAAGAAAGAAGAAACUCGUUUGCAGCUACUCUCUGCGCAAACAGAUAUCUAUUCACCUUAAAAACUUUUGCUCCAAAACCAUCUUUCUUACAUUCCACUACUUUCAACAAGGUAAUUACAAUUUUACAUUGUCAUACCUCUUCACAACAUGCACUUUCUUAAUCGUCCCUCAUACUAACUCUUUUUCCCUCGCUGUUCAUUUUAGAUUUCAUUCAUUCUAAGACAUCCUCCAUGCUGCAUUGAACACCACACACAAGCCUUCCUAUCUAUACACGCUUCAAUAAUUGUCUACAGAUAUCUCAGGUAUAAUACAGCUGCAAUGCAUUGCGCAUUCACAUUGCUCACUCCUCCAACAUAUACAACUAUCUCAGGUAUGAUAUGUCACUUUUAUUGCUUACAAUGUACUCUGUUAACAAACUUUUAUACUAAUCAAUGUCAAUUAUACAAAGUUAUACACAAUAAAAACAAUGCUAUGCUUAGUAUGUUCUUUUUGACUGCAAAACAUCUGUUCCUCACCCCAUAAUUAAAUUUCUAAGUAUUUUAACACUAAAAUGAAUAUAUUUCUAAUCAGUUUAAAACUUUAUACAACUCGAGCAUUUGUAACAGCUUUUAUCAAUCUCAUUGUUAGAGGAACUAUUUAUUAUACCUCUGAUAAGUUUUGUUACAAAAGUGUCUCUUCAAUUCAAAAGUUACUGCAACAACACAAGCAACUCUCCCAGGUAUGAUAUUUACAUUUUUUUGGCUUCAAGCAUACUUUAUUGACACCUUUUAUUGCUCUAACAUUGCUCUCUGUCACUUUUAACUAACUUCCCUCCUUGUGCGCCAGCUACAGUACAUUGCCUCUCCAGUGCAAACCUUCUCAAUCAAACAUUCAGUCUAAAUUUCCUACUGCAAAUUGAAGGUAUGCAUACCUACCCAACACAUAUAGUUUACAUUCUCUUCUUUUUAUGUGGCCAUGUAAUUCUUUCAAGGCAUAUUCUAACAAAUCUUCAAAUAAAAUCAAUUAAUAAACAAACUUCUCUUUACCAUGCCACUUCAGUUGUUUUGGCACAUAAAUUGUAUAUAUGUUAAAUUUAAGAAACUAAUUCUAUUGCUUCUUUUUGUUGUAGAGAUACAUAUUAACAAAGAACCACAUACCCAUGCUUGGACACUUCUCACUUUUCAAGUUAGCACUGGUUGUAGCUAAAAAGUCUUCUCAAUGUCAAUUAUACAAAGUUAUACACAAAAAAAACAAUGCUAUGCUUACUCUGUUCUUUUUCCCUACAAAACAUCAACUUUCUAACUCUUUUAAAACUAAAAUGAAUAUAUUUCUAAUCAGUUUUAAACUUUACACUACUCAAACAUUUCUAGCAGCUUUUAUUAAUCUCGUUCUUAGAGCAUCUAUGUAUUGUCCUCUGAUAGCUUUUGCUACAAAAAUGUUUCUUCCAUUCAAAACUGACUGCUGCAACAUAAACAACUCACCCAGGUAUGACAUAACAAUCCUAUGCUUAGUCUGUUUUUUUCCUUUUUUUUUUUUAUAUGCAAAGAUAGAAGAGAGAGAAAUAAUAGUAUCUAAGUUUCUAUAUAUGCUAUGAAACAUUUGUUUCAAUCUAUACCACUAUUAAGCUCCAUCUCACAAUAUCAGAAAUAUGUAUCUGUACAAUUUCACAGUUAAAUAGAAGACGACAUAAAACUUGUGGAUGACUGCAUCUUUCCCUCUCAUCUGAAACUUUUGUUUUACAAAUACUUUCCACAUGUGAUUUCAAAGGAAGGAUGCAAGGCCCGCAACACAUCAGGCAACCUGAGCCAAUCUCAAAGCCUCCAAUUUCCAUAUACCAGUUUUCAGGAUUAGACCAUACCAGAGCAUGUCAACAUAUGAAGGUGACUUGGUGGCAAAAUGCUACUUUACAAAGCACAACACCUGUGUAUUAUCCUCUAGUGACUUUAGUUACAAAACUCUCUAUUCCAUUCAAAAGUCACUACUGCAACAUUAACAACUCACCCAGAGAUACAUAUUAACAGACAACAACAUACCCAUGAUUGCACUCCAUGUCGAUUACAACCAAACAUUUUCUGGUAAAACCUUUGACCGACCACACUAAAUCACCUUUCCUAUUUCACCAAUAUCCAUUCAUUUUGUUCCCCAUAUUUCAGAUUUAAAUAUCUCGAAUCUAUCACUGUGUUGCCCUUGCAAAAAUUGCAGACAACAAACAAAAAAAAUUAGGGUGUUUUCAAACUUCACUGCAUUCCAGAUUUAUGACACUAAUCAGAGCAUCUGUGUAUUAUCCUCUGAUAACUUUUGUUACAAAACUAUUUGUUCCAUUCAAAACUCGCUACUGCAACAUAAACAACUCACCCAGCUGUGAUUUCAACGGAAGGAUCCAAGGCCUGCAACACACCAGGCAACUUGAGCCAAUCUCAAAGCCUCCAAUUUCCAUAUGC